CCCCGGGAAGCUAGGCAAGGGCUGGAAGGUGCUGGCAGGUGCCCUGGGAAGCUAGAGCCGUGUCUGCAGAGAGGGAGCGCAGGCAGGACUCCCAGCGUGGGGGUCAAGGGGGUGCAGGCCCUCCGGAGCUGCAAGCCAAGCUGCCAGCGCUGCCCACGCAUGGUGACGAGGGAGGGGAUCCUUCAGCGAUCAGCAGAUCCCGGCGGUGGAGCAACGGGAUAGAGAGCGGCCUCUUCCCCGCAUGCAAUGCAUGAUCGCUCUGUCCCCUGGGAGAGGAGCAUGCAGGGCUGGGUCAACGGGCUUCAAGGCCUGGCAGGCAGACCACAAAAAGAGGCACGUCCGGCUGCCCAGCCCCACCACCAGCCCCGCAGUGAGUCAGGAUGGGUCCCAAGCCUUGAAGGGAAACCUCAGCCGCCCCCUCUCCGCCCCGCCGGCUACUUCCUCGACUCUCUGCCAGCUGUUUGUGUCGAGACGCGGGGAGUCCAGAGUCCAACUGCAGCCGGGAAAGCAAGCUGCACACCGAUCUCCGAAGUGGGGGGAGAGCUGCAUGUGGGAGAAGCCAGGCACCGGCAGCGUUACGGAUCCCAGAAAGCCCCAGCGAGGCUGUUUCCUCUGUUGCACUCGUCCACUUGCUGGCUCUGCCUCCGGCCCUUGCAGGUGGACGGGGAAAUGAAGAGGGUGGCGCUGGCCGUGACGUUUCUCUGGGUGCUGAGCUGCUCGCAGAUGCCUCAGGUGAGAAGCCAGAAGUCCCUGCAGAUGGGGAUGGCGCCCGACUCCUUCGAUGACCAGUACAUCGGGUGCACGGAGGAAAUGGAGGCGGCUGCUCCGCGGCUGCUGCAGGAGGAAAGAGCCAGACAUGGGCUGCUGGACGGGAUGUGGACGAACCUGUCGGCCGUCUGGACUGAAAAGAAAAAAGGGCUGCAUCUGCCUGCGGGGUUUCGGGACGUGCAUGGCAUCGCCCUCCUGGUCUACACGGACUCCGUCCAGCCGCUUUACCGGGAUCUGAAUACAGCAGUGCGAGAGGCGGGGGUGUCCCGAGACACCUACCUGCGCACCUUCCCCUUCAAGGCCCUGCACUAUUACCUGAGCAGAGCCUUGCAGCUGCUGCGGGAGGACUGCGGGCGCACGUACCGCAACCAGCUCUACCGGGGGGUCCGCUCCAUCCGCUUCAACCCACCUGGGGCAGGCCCGGUCCGGUUCGGACAGUUCACCUCCUCGUCCCUGGACGCCGCGGUCUCUCGGAGCUAUGGCAACGCCACGUUCUUCAUCCUGCACUCCUGCUUCGGGGCCCACAUCGAGGCACUCUCCAGCUUCCCCUUCGAGAAAGAGGUGCUGAUCCCCCCCGGCGAGGUGUUCGCCGUGUCCAACGUCACCCGGCAGGGAGACGGCAACGUCUUGGUGCUGCACAGCACCAACCGCACCUGCAGCCACUUCAACUGCGCCUACCUGGGCGGAGAGAAGUCCCCAUCCUGCACUGAUCACUCAGGAAGCUGCUGCCGGCUGUGCGGCGAGAUGCGUCCGUGGCGGCUGGGGGGCCUCGUCGUCCUGAUCCACGUGGGCACCUGGACAUUGACCACCCACUCCGGGCUCCUCUGGGCUUUGUAAAAUAGUCUCUCUGCUUUUCCAAUAAAGGGCGGCACGAUGGCUGGCUCGCCCUGGGGCUCAGCUGGUCUCUCUCUGCCAGGACCAGGAGCUGAGAGCUUGCA